ACAAGAGGGCUUUUAUUGUGACGUUUGCCCGCUGUGGGCGUUUUCCUCGCCGCUUUCAGCUUCACGACACUCGGAUCGAUGGAUUUCUAGCCUGUUAGCCGUAAAGAAAGAGCGAGCCAUGGCUGCAGCUGGAUGCUAACGGUGACACAGGAGGACCGCUCGGAUGUGGCUUUAUUCCCGCACGCUGUCAUGAUGUGGUGUCAGUGACUGGGUGAUGUCCGCCCAGCCUCUGCUGCAGCCUGCUAGCCUGCCCUGACUAGCUGCUACCGAUGACUGGCUGUUUCCUGACAUUCAUCUGCAGGAGGCACCAUGGCCGGUAAAGUCAAGUGGGUGACAGAUAUUGAGAAAUCAGUGCUCAUCAAUAACUUUGAGAAGAGGGAAUGGAUUCAAGUGACCGAAAACGACGACUGGAAUUUUUACUGGAUGAGCAUCCAGACCAUCAGGAACGUGUUCAGCGUGGACACCGGCUACCGCCUGUCAGAUGACCAGAUGGUCAAUCACUUCCCCAACCACUACGAGCUGACUCGGAAGGACCUGAUGAUCAAAAACAUCAAGCGCUACCGCAAGGAGCUGGAGAAGGAAGGCAGUCCUUUGGCAGAGAAGGACGAGAACGGGAAAUACAUUUAUCUGGACUUUGUUCCCGUCACGUUCAUGCUCCCUGCCGAUUACAACCUGUUUGUGGAGGAGUUUCGUAAGAAUCCAUCCAGCACCUGGAUCAUGAAGCCGUGCGGCAAGGCGCAGGGAAAAGGCAUCUUCCUCAUCAACAAGUUGUCGCAGAUCAAGAAGUGGUCGCGAGACAGCCGCACCUCCACGUUUGUUGCAGCAUCCAGUGGUAAAGAGGCGUACGUCAUCUCCCUGUACAUCGACAACCCUCUGUUGAUAGGAGGGAAGAAAUUCGACUUGCGACUCUACGUCCUGGUGACAACGUAUCGGCCCCUCAAGUGCUACAUGUACAAGCUGGGCUUCUGCCGGUUCUGCACAGUCAAGUACACGCCCAGCACCAGUGAACUGGACAACAUGUUUGUUCAUCUCACCAACGUGGCCAUUCAGAAACACGGGGACGACUACAACCACGUCCACGGAGGGAAGUGGACCGUCAGCAACCUGCGUCUGUACCUGGAGAGCACCAGAGGAAAGGAGGUGACCAGCAGGCUGUUUGACCAGAUCCACUGGAUCGUGGUUCAGUCGCUGAAGGCCGUAGCUCCUGUGAUGAAUAACGACAAGCACUGCUUCGAGUGUUACGGGUACGACAUCAUCAUUGAUGAUAAGUUGAAGCCAUGGCUCAUCGAGGUCAACGCCUCCCCCUCGCUGACCUCCAGCACGGCCAACGACCGCAUCCUCAAGUACAACCUCAUCAACGACACCCUCAACAUCGUCACGCCCAACGGGGACAUCCCCGACUGCCGCUGGAAUCGCAGCCCGCCCCGGGAGGCCAUGGGCAACUACCAAGUCCUGUACGACGAGGAGCAGGCGCAGAGCGAGAACGCCGAGCGCGACCUGCGGAGCCGGUCGGGUCAGCCGCUGGGGUCAAAGGGCAUUAAGGGGAGCGCGGGCGUCCGGCCCGCCGUCGCCACCUGGAAAUGAGGCGAUGGCUCAUAAAGACCACCUGUGAGGCACACUGGAUUCAAAAAGAAAA